GUUUUCACGCUUGAGAAUACUCUAUCCUCUGCUCCUUUAACGCAAGUCCAGAAGCCAUAGUACACUGCCUCUGUAGGCAGCCACACCGGUCUCAGACUCUCAGUCUCAACUCUCAACUCUCAAGUAUAAACUAUAAAACCUGCAACUGCCACAUUUCGCGGAGACCAAAUCGUCGCUUGCGAAACCGUCAGAAACGACGACGUUUUCAGCACUCUAAACCUUCCUGCAAUGCUAUGGGCAACACGAAUCUCGAACAUCCGGUUCUAUCAGUAUCACCGUCCACUCCUCUUCACUGUCCCUCACAAUUUCCGAACUAAGCUCAACUUCUCAUCUUUUUCACAACCUCAGGGGUUCUGCUAUUUGGACGAGGACUGUGACGAUUUUUUGCCGUGGUUGGAGCAAAAGGCUGGGGCUAAGAUUUCAUCAGUACUUUCGAUCGGGAAAUCCGCCUUCGGCAGAUCUUUGUUUGCUUCUAAAAGCAUACAAACUGGAGAUUGCAUUUUGAAGGUUCCUUACAGUGUGCAAAUAACACCGGAUAAUCUUCUUCCGGAAAUCAAAUCCUUGUUAGGUGAUGAAGUUGGGAAUAUUGCCAAGCUUGCCAUCGUAAUUCUUUGUGAGCAGAAAAUCGGGCAGAAAUCUGAAUGGGCCCCUUACAUCAGCCGCCUUCCCCAGCCUGGGGAGAUGCACAAUACAAUAUUCUGGAGCCAAGAUGAGUUGGAGAUGAUUCGGCAAAGCUCAGUAUACCAAGAAACAAUUAAUCAAAAAUGCCAAACUGAAAAUGAUUUUUUGGCAAUCAAGCGUGCUCUUCGACAUGAUCCUGAAAUUCUUGGAGAUAUCACGUAUGAGGGUUUCAUGCAUGCAUGUUCAUUAGUUGGUUCUCGAGCAUGGGGAAGCACAAAGGGAUUAUCUAUGAUUCCAUUUGCAGACUUUUUAAACCAUGAUGGAGCUACAGAAGCAAUUGUCUUGAGCGAUGAAGACAAACAAGACUCAGAGGUCAUUGCUGACCGUGAUUAUGGUCCUGGUGAAGAGGUUUUAAUAAGAUAUGGAAAAUUUCCGAAUGCUACCCUGAUGUUGGACUUUGGCUUUUCUCUUCCAUACAACAUACAUGACCAGGUUCAAGUCCAUUUUAACAUACCUCAUCAUGAUCUUCUUCGUGAAAUGAAGAUUGAUCUUUUGCAAAGACAUUGUACCCCACCCAUUAAAGAUGUCAAUGGUUUCAACUCUUCUUUGGAAUCUUUCACAAUAAAUGAAGUGAGGUCUGCUAAAGGGAAAGGGAAGGGUCUCCCACAGUCACUUCGUGCAUUUGCUCGUGUUCUAUCUUGCACCACUCCUGAAGAACUCAGUGAUUUGGCCAAGGAAGCUGCCCAAAAUGAUGGCAGGCUGGCUAGACGCCCUUUAAGCAACAGAAGCAAGGAAAUUUGGGCACAUGAGAAGCUGUUAUUACUAAUCACUCAAUUAAUUGAGAAAAAUGAUGCAACUAUUAAGUCUUUGGUGCCUGUCAACUCUCCCCCCAUGUGUGGAAGACUUGCUGUCAGAAUGCAAAUGGCUCGAGAUCUUCUCAGUGGUGAACUUCGCAUACUCAAAUCUGCUUCCAUGUGGCUGAAGAGCUACUGUACAACCUUAACUACAACAGCCUACCAUUGCGAAGAGGUUGAUGAUUACAGAGCCAUUCCAGGAUGAACAAGAGAGCUCUCAGAUACUGGAGUUAGUCAUGAAUUACAUGGGAAAUCGGCAUAAAAGCAGAUUUGUGAAAGUAGGCUAUUUUUAGAGGUGACAACGAUCACAUAUGGUGCUAUAGCAAUCCUGCAUUACUGCAACCAUGAAUUUUUUGUCAUUGGUUGCACUAAAAUUUUGUAGAAGUACAUGGGGACUAUGUUUUCUAUUUAGAAACUGUAUGAUUGUACCUUGUACGCUUCUGUAGCAUCGUUUAUGUUGUUUGGAAUAGCUUGUAGCCUUGUAUUAACAUUUAAUGGUGUAUGUUAUUUGAUAUAAGUAUCAGUUGAUUUGAUCAGAAA